AUGCCUACCAAGCACGCAGCCAACGUCAAGCUGAGCGUCCCAACCCAGGACCAGAUCCUGGUGCCAGAGACUCUGCUCAAGAAGCGCAAGAGCCAGGAGAAGGAGCGCGCCGAGAAGGCUGAGCAACGCGAGGCUCGCAAGAAGGAGAGCAAGCAGAAGCGUGAGCAGAUCUUCAAGCGCGCCGAGUCCUACGUCAAGGAGUACCGUGACGCAGAGCGCGAGAAGAUCCGCCUCUCUCGUGUCGCCAAGUCCGAGGGCAGCUACUACGUCCCAGCCGAGCCCAAGCUCGUCUUCGUCGUCCGCAUCAAGGGUAUCAACAAGAUCGACCCAAAGAAGCGCAAGACUCUCCAGCUCCUCCGUCUCCUCCAGAUCAACAAUGGAAUCUUCGUCCGUCUGACCAAGGCCACCUCGGAGAUGCUCAAGAUCGUCGAGCCAUUUGUUGCCUACGGCUACCCCAACCUCAAGUCCGUCCGUGAGCUCAUCUACAAGCGCGGAUACGCCAAGACCAGCCAGAAGCAGCGCAUCCCUCUCACCGACAACGCCAUCAUCGAGGAGCACCUCGGCAAGUACGGCAUUGUCUGCAUGGAGGACCUGAUCCACGAGAUCUACACCGUUGGCCCCAACUUCAAGCAGGCCGCCAACUUCCUCUGGCCAUUCAAGCUCAGCAACCCAACUGGUGGCUUCCGUCCUCGCAAGUUCAAGCACUUCGUUGAGGGUGGUGACCUCGGCAACCGGGAGGAGUACAUCAACGCCCUCAUCCGCCAGAUGAACUAG